ACGCGCCCCCGGCCCCGGGCCCGUCCGCCGCCGCCAUGGCCCGGCCGCUGGUGCCCAGCUCGCAGAAGGCGUUGUUGCUGGAGCUCAAGGGGCUGCAGGAGGAGCCGGUGGAGGGCUUCCGGGUGACCCUGGUGGACGAGGGCGACCUGUACAACUGGGAGGUGGCCAUCUUCGGACCCCCCAACACCUACUACGAGGGCGGCUACUUCAAGGCGCGCCUCAAGUUUCCCAUCGACUACCCUUACUCCCCUCCCGCCUUUCGGUUCCUGACCAAGAUGUGGCACCCCAACAUCUAUGAGACUGGCGACGUUUGCAUCUCUAUUCUCCACCCUCCAGUGGAUGAUCCCCAGAGCGGGGAGCUGCCCUCGGAGCGGUGGAACCCCACACAGAACGUCAGGACCAUCCUCCUGAGUGUCAUCUCCCUCCUCAACGAACCCAACACCUUCUCGCCAGCCAACGUGGACGCCUCUGUGAUGUACAGGAAGUGGAAAGAGAGCAAAGGCAAGGACCGCGAGUACACGGACAUCAUCCGGAAGCAGGUCCUGGGGACCAAGGUGGACGCAGAGCGGGAUGGCGUGAAGGUACCCACCACGCUGGCUGAGUACUGCGUGAAGACCAAGGCACCAGUGCCGGACGAGGGCUCAGACCUCUUCUAUGACGACUACUACGAGGAUGGCGAGGCUGAGGCCGACAGCUGCUUCGGGGACGAUGAGGAUGACUCAGGCACCGAAGAGUCCUGACACUACAUCCCUGCGAAUAAACUUACAAAUUUUACCUCAGCCGCCCGACUGUCUGCUGCCGCCACUACCUCCGGGCACCGCGUGGCCCGGCGCCGUCCACCCCAUCUCCGCCUCCAGGGAGGCCGCUGGGCUCGCGUCCCUGGGCCCCACGUGGGCCAGACGCUGCUCAGGGACCCUAGCCUGCCUGCCCCGCCUGGCAGCCAGAGACUCAGGGUCCCGGCUUGUGAGUGGACGGACUGACUCGGGGUCACCUCUUCUCUCUGCUUUGGUUUGUUUGGAAUCUAAAUAAAGCAACUUUAUGAGAA